CCAGGCCCAGUUGAGGAACGGCGAACACAUCUUAUACCCUAAACUCAAUUCUAUAUAACUGAGAGUGUGCAGUCAGUAGGGUUUGUUCCUCCGGUCGCCGUCUGAAGAAAAUGGCUCCAAAGAAGGGUGUAGCAGUAGCAUCAAAGAAGAAACCGGCUCAGGCGAAGGUGGUGAAUCCACUGUUCGAGAAGCGGCCCAAGCAGUUCGGAAUCGGUGGUGCGUUGCCACCAAAGAAGGAUCUGACUAGGUUCGUGAAAUGGCCUCAGGUGGUUCGUAUUCAAAGGAAGAGGAGGAUUCUCAAGCAGAGGUUGAAGGUCCCUCCUGCUCUCAACCAGUUCUCCAAAACCCUCGACAAAAACCUCGCGACAAACCUUUUCAAGAUGCUUCUCAAGUACAGGCCCGAGGACAAAGCUGCAAAGAAGGAGCGUCUUGUGAAAAGGGCUCAAGCUGAAGCUGAAGGAAAAACUCCUGAAACAAAGAAACCCAUCAUCGUGAAGUAUGGUCUUAAGCACAUCACAUACCUUAUUGAGCAGAACAAAGCACAACUGGUAGUGAUUGCUCAUGAUGUGGACCCAAUUGAGUUAGUUGUCUGGCUUCCUGCGCUAUGCAGAAAGAUGGAAAUUCCUUACUGCAUUGUGAAGGGGAAAGCACGUUUAGGAUCGAUUGUGCACAAGAAAACUGCUUCAGCUCUGUGUUUGACAACAGUGAAGAAUGAAGAUAAAAUGGAGUUCAGCAGAAUUUUGGAGGCAAUUAAGGCUAACUUCAAUGACAAGUAUGAGGAGAACAGGAAGAAGUGGGGUGGUGGCGUCAUGGGUUCCAAAUCACAGGCCAGAACCAAAGCCAAAGAGAGGGUUCUUGCAAAGGAAGCUGCCCAGAGAAUGAACUAAGAGCUUGCUGUGAUAUACACCGCAAUUGGAUUAGGGACUUUCUCCGCCAAUUUUUGUGUUUGGUUCACAUGCUUGACAAUAUUAGAGAUAUUAGUUUGAUAAGUCUCUUUAUGUUUGCCUUCUUUUGCAGAUUAUUGAUCUGUGGGAGAAACUUUAAAUUGUAUCUGAAGUUUUUGUUAGAUAUUUUGUUGAAUUUGGUUUUUGUGAUAGUGAGAUGGGAGGUUAAUCUAUUAACUACACUUUUAUUGCUUA